GCCUUUGUCUCUCUCUUUCUCUCUUUCUCCGUUCUCUUUAAUUUGUUCUUAACAUUCUUGCUUGAACAUCAAGCUUUCUUUCUUGGAUGUUAAUACAAUUUUCAUCAUGAUCCUGAUCACCACCCAUCAACACUUGAACAAUGUUAUGUAUGUCAUGACUCACGUGCUCAUUUGACUAUAAAGUGAUGGAUCAUGACAUGUGAGUGGACUUGAGUGUGGAGCCAUUGCUGGCCUCCUAAAGAGGAACGUGCAUGGUGAUUCAUUUUUGACAACAACUCCAAUCAGAAGACUAUUACUAUUAUCAUGGAGAGCCAAAAUUCAGGAGAAUCCCUUAGAGGAGGAACAUCCUUCUUCAAAACAUGUUUCAAUGGACUUAAUGCCUUGUCAGGUGUUGGGAUACUCUCAAUGCCAUAUGCAGUGGCUCAAGGAGGGUGGAUGAGUUUAAUUUUGCUCCUCAUUGUUGCUACUGUGUGUUGGUACACAGGAUUGCUUCUUCAAAGGUGCAUGGACGCACAUCCAUUAAUCAAAUCCUACCCUGACAUAGGCGAGGUUGCUUUCGGUUACAAAGGAAGAACCAUGGUAGCCAUCUUCAUGUACUUAGAGCUCUAUUUAGUUGCGGUAGAGUUUCUCAUACUAGAAGGUGACAAUCUUGAAAAGUUGUUUCCAAACAUGGAUUUCAAGAUUGGUAGCCUUAGAAUUGGAGGCAAAGCCGGUUUUGUGUUGCUAACUGCGCUGGCAAUACUACCCACAACAUGGUUGAAAAGUUUGGGAGUUCUGGCCUACAUUUCUAUUGGUGGGGUUGUGGCUUCUCUUAUUUUGAUUGCUUGUGUUGUGUGUGUUGGUGAAGUUGAUGGAGUUGGAUUUCAUAAAAAAGGAGACAUGAUUCAUUGGAAAAGGUUGCCUUCUUCUGUGAGUCUCUUUGCGUUCUGUUAUUGUGGACAUGCAGUCUUUCCUACAUUGCGUAAUUCCAUGAAAGAUAGAACUCAAUUUUACAAGGUUUUGAUAAUAUGCUUCAUCACAAGCACUAUAACCUAUGGGUCCAUGGCUACCAUAGGGUACAAGAUGUUUGGAGAACAUGUGAAUUCGCAGGUGACCUUAAAUCUUCCAACAAAGAAAAUAAGCACCAAGAUAGCAAUUUACACAACAUUAAUCAACCCUUUCACUAAGUAUGCUGUUAUAAUCACCCCAAUAGCCAAUGCUGUUGAAGAAACAUUAUUUUUGUACAAGGGUAGACCUAUUGCCAUCCUCAUCAGAACCACUAUUGUGCUAAGCACUUUGCUUGUGGCAUUAUUUGUUCCCUUUUUCGGCUAUGUUAUGGCAUUUAUCGGCGCAUUUUUGAGUGUCACGUGUUCAUGGAUUCUGCCAUGCUUGUGCUACUUAAAGAUGAACAAAGCAGCUCAAAAGUUUGGAAUAGAAUUGGUUAUCAUUAUAGGAAUUUUGUUUACAGGGUCAAUUAUUGCUCUACUUGGCACUUAUAUCUCUGUAACUCAGAUAGUAAGUCAUAUCAAAUUAUGAACAUGGAGCGUUCAAAGUUUUCUAAAUACUAGUUAAUUAAGCAAACCUAUUGGUUAUGUGCGUAGUAUCAAAUCAAAUUAGAUAGUGUUUGAAUGGAUGAAAUGUGUGUGACGUACUUAUAUUCCAAUGAAUAUUUUGCCAAAGCUAGCUCAAUAAUCUUCAGCAUC